UCCCCCGCGGGCCUCCUCCCCGCAGGGAUAAUAUGGUCUCCGGCAAUGGACGCCCCAAGUGCAGGAUAUGCCUUUGAGUACCUUAUUGAAACAUUAAAUGACAGUUCACAUAAGAAGUUCUUCAAUGUUCCUAGACUUGGAGGCACCAAGUAUGAUGUUCUGCCUUACUCAAUACGGGUCCUCUUGGAAGCUGCUGUGCGAAAUUGUGAUGGCUUUUUAAUGAAAAAGGAAGAUGUUAUGAACAUUUUAGACUGGAAAACCAAACAGAGCAAUGUUGAAGUGCCCUUUUUCCCUGCCCGUGUUCUUCUUCAAGAUUUUACUGGAAUACCGGCAAUGGUGGAUUUUGCUGCUAUGAGGGAGGCAGUGAAAACUCUUGGAGGUGACCCUAAGAAAGUCCAUCCUGCCUGUCCGACAGAUCUCACGGUUGACCAUUCCUUGCAAAUUGACUUCAACAAAUGUGCAAUACAGAAUGCUCCAAAUCCUGGAGGUGGUGACCUACAGAAAGCAGGAAAGCUCUCUCCACUUAGAGUGCAGCCUAAGAAGCUUCCCUGCAGAGGCCAGACUACCUGCCGAGGAUCGUGUGAUUCUGGAGAACUAGGCCGAAACUCAGGAAAAUUUUCUUCACAGAUUGAAAACACACCCAUCCUUUGUCCUUUUCAUUUGCAACCAGUGCCUGAACCUGAAACAGUAUUAAAAAAUCAAGAAGUAGAAUUUGGCAGAAAUCGAGAGAGGCUUCAAUUUUUCAAGUGGAGUUCAAGAGUUUUUAAGAAUGUGGCUGUAAUCCCUCCUGGAACCGGAAUGGCUCAUCAAGUAAACUUAGAGUAUUUGUCAAGAGUGGUUUUUGAAGAGAAGGACCUCCUCUUCCCAGACAGUGUUGUUGGCACAGAUUCUCAUAUAACCAUGGUGAAUGGUUUGGGGAUUCUGGGGUGGGGGGUUGGAGGCAUUGAAACAGAAGCAGUUAUGCUUGGCCUGCCAGUUUCUCUUACUUUACCAGAGGUGGUUGGAUGUGAAUUAACUGGUUCAUCGAAUCCUUUUGUUACAUCCAUAGAUGUUGUUCUUGGCAUCACGAAGCAUCUCAGGCAAGUAGGAGUGGCUGGAAAGUUUGUUGAGUUUUUUGGAAGUGGAGUUUCACAAUUAUCUAUAGUAGAUCGAACUACAAUAGCAAACAUGUGUCCAGAAUAUGGUGCUAUCCUCAGCUUUUUCCCUGUUGACAAUGUGACAUUAAAACAUUUAGAACAUACAGGUUUUGACAAAGCCAAACUCAAGUCAAUGGAAGCAUACCUUAAAGCUGUGAAAUUGUUUCGAAAUGAGCAAGAUAAUUCAGGAGAACCUGAAUAUUCCCAGGUGAUCCAGAUUAAUCUGAAUUCAAUAGUUCCAUCUGUCAGUGGUCCAAAAAGACCUCAGGAUAGAGUUGCUUUGACAGAUAUGAAAAGUGAUUUCCAAGCUUGCUUAAAUGAAAAGGUUGGAUUUAAAGGCUUCCAAAUUGCAGCUGAAAAGCAAAAUGAUAUCGUCUCUAUUCAUUAUGAAGGAAGUGAAUACAAGCUGGCUCACGGAUCUGUGGUCAUUGCUGCCGUUAUCAGUUGUACCAAUAAUUGCAAUCCAUCUGUCAUGCUUGCUGCAGGUCUUUUGGCUAAAAAAGCUGUUGAAGCUGGUCUACAGGUUAAACCUUAUAUAAGAACAAGUUUAUCUCCAGGCAGUGGGAUGGUUACACAUUACCUCAGUUCAAGUGGAGUAUUACCGUAUCUUAGUAAGCUUGGAUUUGAAAUCAUUGGCUAUGGAUGUUCAACAUGUGUGGGAAAUACAGCACCCUUAUCAGAAGCAGUUUUAAAUGCAGUGAAACAGGGUGAUUUGGUUACUUGUGGGGUUUUAUCUGGAAAUAAAAAUUUUGAAGGUCGUCUUUGUGAUUGUGUUCGUGCCAAUUAUCUUGCCUCUCCACCCUUAGUGGUAGCUUAUGCCAUAGCAGGCACAGUGAAUAUAGAUUUCCAGACAGAGCCUUUAGGUACUGACCCUACUGGAAAGAACAUUUACCUGCAUGAUAUUUGGCCUAGUCGAGAAGAAGUUCAUCAGAUAGAGGAAGAACAUGUUGUAUUAUCCAUGUUUAAAGCAUUAAAAGAGAAGAUAGAGAUGGGAAAUAAGCGGUGGAAUUCUUUAGAAGCACCAGAUUCAGUUUUGUUUCCAUGGGAUUUAAAAUCUACUUAUAUCAGAUGUCCUUCAUUUUUUGAUAAGCUUACCAAAGAGCCAGUUGCACUCCAGCCUGUUGAAAAUGCCCAUGUCUUAUUAUACCUGGGAGACUCUGUCACAACAGAUCAUAUAUCACCUGCUGGAAGCAUCGCUAGGAGUAGUGCUGCUGCUAAGUAUUUGACAAACAGAGGCCUUACCCCUCGUGAAUUCAACUCUUACGGGGCCCGAAGAGGUAACGAUGCUGUAAUGACAAGAGGCACUUUUGCAAAUAUCAAGCUUUUUAAUAAGUUUAUUGGAAAACCAGCUCCCAAAACAAUUCAUUUUCCAUCAGGACAGACGCUGGAUGUAUUUGAGGCUGCAGAGCUAUACCAGAAAGAAGGUAUCCCACUGAUUAUUUUAGCAGGGAAGAAAUAUGGUUCAGGAAAUUCAAGAGAUUGGGCUGCCAAAGGACCAUACUUGCUGGGUGUGAAAGCUGUUUUGGCUGAAAGUUAUGAAAAAAUUCACAAAGAUCAUUUGAUUGGAAUUGGCAUAGCUCCACUUCAGUUCCUUCCAGGAGAAAGUGCAGAUUCCUUGGGCCUCUCUGGCAGAGAAACAUUUUCUUUAACAUUUCCUGAAGAACUGUCUCCUGGAGUUACAUUAAAUAUAAAGACAAGCACUGGAAAAGUAUUCAGCGUGAUUGCUUCGUUUGAAAAUGAUGUGGAGAUAACAUUGUACAAACAUGGAGGAUUAUUAAACUUUGUGGCACGAAAAUUCUCAUAGUAUCUACUCACCAUGAAUACCUUUCAUAACUGGUGACUGCAAAUAAAGCCUUUUGUGCUGGACCCAGGAAUCCUUACCAUGGAGCUGCAGAUAGUCCCAGUAUGCCCACUUAUCUCAUCCAUGGAUGUAAAUGAUGAUGAAUCAACGUAGUGACUGAAAUGAAAUCUUGAUUUUAAAUAAUAUACGAAUGGUGCUAAUAACAUUGCUAAAAUCAAUGUGUGAAGUGUGUUGUGGAAGAGGCCUAUAAGUAACGGGGAAUAUUUUAUCAGACCAUUUUGUAAAU